AUGAAGCCUUCAUGGACCUUAACGUGUAAUCCGAAGCCUUAUCGAAACAAGAUCUCUACUGGAUGUCCGAAUCGGAGAAAGGAACUAAAGGCGAGAAAGCAGCAGAAACUCUUAAUCCAUAUUGGGCGACUUAUCAUAUAUCCGAUAAACACGGAUGACAAGAGGGGGAGUGAGUUUGAUGAUCUCGAAACUCAUUCAAAGUCGGGAAGCAUUUCCAUUUUUGUUCAUUAUGAUGGGUACAAAAUAAAUAAGCCAAAGGUUAUAUCUGGAUAUGACGUGGUCUUGGCAACAUAUGGGGUCCUAACUGAAGCUUACAAGCAUAAUACCUUGGAAGACCUGUACGACCUUUUAUGCUUCUUGCAUGUUAAGCCUUGGUAUAACUUGGACAUGUCAUUUGCCACCCAAGCAUGCAUUGAAGAUGUUGUUGAGGCCAUCCACCAUAUUAAUUCCGCCACCAUAAGGCGGUUAGCCCCCACUUUGGCAUACAUUGAAGAGGUUGUUGAGGGCAUCCGGAGGGAGAAAAUGCGAGUGUCCAUAUGCAUGGAGUCCGCAAAUGACCCCUUGCUCACAUCAUGUACACAUUGGAUAUACGGGGAAUGUCUCAUCUCUUGCCGACGGACACCAAUAUCCGGGAUAUGCCCAAUCCGUCAAACACAACUACAAGGAAAUGACCUUAUAACAUACCAAACAGAGAGUAAGUUCCGAGUUGAUGUUGAGAAUGACUAA